UACCUUAUCGAUAUUAAUUAACACAUUGCCAUGGAAACAGCAGAAAGUUAAAAAUCUGACAGAACAGGGGUGGUUAAUUUUUGAGUAAUAAUUUUGACAAUAAAAAGUCACUCAAAUGUUAGAUAAAGAUCUAUUAAGUGUCCAGAUUGAAUAAAUUUCGGUUGAAACAGUUAAGAGUGAGAUUGAAUACUGAGUGUACUCCUUUUAAGUGAGAAAGAACAACUGUCGAAAUGGCAGCGAUGAAAUUUAGAACAGGGCUUUGUUCAGCAGAGAAAUCUUCCCAGAAAUAUUUGAAGACGAUUGGAUUUACGAUAGGGAAAACUAUAGGUAAAGGGACUUACAGUAAAGUUUGCAUCGCAACCAACGAAAAUCAAAAACUGGCCUGUAAAAUAAUAAAUAGGAAGAAAGCUGGACAAGAUUUUAUCGAGAAAUUUUUACCGAGAGAACUAAAGAUAUUAAGCAGUAUCAAGCACCCUCAUAUUGUUACAAUUUACCAUAUUCUAGAUAUAAAUAAUAUUGUUCAUAUUUUCAUGGAUUUUUGUAAGAAUGGUGAUUUGCUGGAGUAUAUUAAAAAUUAUGGUCCUCUGACUGAAACUCGUGCUAAGAUGUAUUUUAGGCAGAUAACGUCAGCAGUAGAAUACCUACAUAAGCAUAAUUUAGCGCACAGAGAUUUGAAAUGCGAGAAUAUCCUACUCACGUCUGCCAACAAAAUAAAACUAGCGGAUUUUGGAUUCGCGAGGUUCACAGUGAAUGAAAAGAAGGAACCAGUGAUGUCCGAGACUUUUUGCGGAUCUGCAGCAUACGCAGCCCCAGAAAUUUUACAGGGAAUCGAAUACGAUCCGAAAAAAAUCGACAUAUGGGCCCUUGGUUGUAUCCUGUACAUUAUGAUAACAGCAUCGAUGCCUUUCGACGAUUCUAAUAUCAAGAAAAUGGUCAAGGACCAACAGAAUCGAAUCGUUAAUACUUUCAUGAAGUUCAAUUGGAAAACUUCUCACUCGUUGAAGGAGAUGAUGGGGAACAUCCUAGAACCCGAGGUGUCAGAGAGGGCCGAUAUCGAAGAUAUCAGGUAUUCAGCCUGGCUACUGAAAGAGAGUAUCCCAGGAGAGAAAGAGUCUACAAAACAGAAAUCUUUGUCAAUGCUACAAGUAAUGAUGUAAUAUUGAUAGCUCCGUAUUUGUUUUCGGAUCAACAUAAUACAAUUUUUCAAUUAUAGUCGUUUUGUUCAUAUUUUGUUGUGAUGAAAUUCAAACAGAGCCUAAUUCCGGUUAUAUGAUUAUAACUUCCUUUGAUGAAUAAACAGAAUGGGCGUCUUUUCCA